AUGAUAUCAUUUAGCCAGUUGUCAUCGUGGUUGGAAGUUACCAGCAUGAAAAUCGAGCUCACUUUAAUAGUUAUCACUUUGUUAGCCAUUUCAUUCGCUAUUUUACUUCACCGGUCCUGGAAGACCACAUCACGGUUGCCUCCAGGACCUUGUGGUUUACCCUUGCUAGGGUACCUUCCAUUUCUUGGCCCUAACUUGCACCUUGAAUUCACCAAAAUGGCUCAACGUUUUGGGCCCAUUUUCAAACUCCAACUAGGAAGUAAGACCUACAUCAUUGUUAACUCCUCAGACCUUGCUAAAGUUGUCGUCAACGAGAAUGAUGAUAUCUUUGCCAACCGAGACCCUCCGGUGGCUGCCCUAAUCCUCUCAUAUGGUGGAAAAGAUAUAACCUGGUCUGAUAACAACCCAUACUGGCGUAACAUGCGUAAAGUGUGUUGGGAAUAA